GCUGGAGUGUAGCGGGGAGGGGACGCAACAGGAAGUGUGGAGCGUAUCUGCCGGAGCCGCCGCCGCGGUCGCUGCCUUAUCUCAUAGCCCUGUGAUCCAUCACCAGGAAACAUGGACGCCACUGUGAUCUUACCGAUACUGAAGAAGAAACUGGCCUUCCUCUCAGGCGGAAAGGACAGAAGAAGCGGCCUCAUUCUGACAAUCCCAUUGUGCUCCGAACAGACAAAUAUGGAUGAGCUGAGCGUCACCCUGGACUACCUGCUCAGCAUCCCAAGUGACAAAUGCAAAGCUCGGGGGUUUACCGUCAUUGUUGAUGGAAGAAAGUCGCAAUGGAACGUAGUGAAGACUGUUGUUCUCAUGCUCCAGAAUGUGGUUCCUGCCGAAGUGUCCCUGGUUUGUGUGGUGAAGCCAGAUGAGUUCUGGGACAAGAAAGUCACACAUUUCUGCUUUUGGAAGGAGAAAGAUCGCCUUGGUUUUGAGGUUAUCUUGGUGUCCGGUAAUAAGCUGACGAGGUACAUAGAACCGUCACAGCUCACCGAAGAAUUUGGAGGAAGCCUUACUUAUGAUCAUAUGGAUUGGCUGAAUAAAAGACUAGUAUUUGAGAAGUUCACAAAAGAGUCGACAUCGCUUUUGGACGAGCUGGCUGUUAUCAACAAUGGCAGUGAUAAGGGAAAUCAGAACGAGAAAGACAGGUCAAUGGAUUUCAAUUACCUUCCUUCUGUUGAUCCAGAAACUGUUCUACAAACAGGUCACGAGCUGCUAUCUGAACUUCAGCAGCGGCGCUUUAACGGUUCAGAGGGAGGUGUCGUAUGGUCUCCUAUGGACGAUGAACUUUUGGCUCAGCCUCAGGUUAUGAAGCUCCUUGAUUCCCUCCGAGAACAAUAUACUCGUUACCAAGAAGUGUGCAGGCAGCGCAGCAAGCGGACUCAGCUUGAUGAGAUUCAGCAGAAGGUUAUGCAGGUUGUAAACUGGCUGGAAGGACCCGGCUCCGAACAGCUGAGAACACAAUGGGGAAUUGGUGACUCUAUGAGAGCGUCCCAGGCCUUACAACAGAAACACGAAGAGAUCGAGAGUCAGCACAGUGAAUGGUUUGCUGUCUACGUAGAGCUGAAUCAGCAGAUUGCAGCGCUCCUAAAUGCAGGCGAUGAAGAGGAUCUGGUGGAGCUGAAGAGUUUGCAGCAGCGGCUCAGCGAUGUCUGUUAUCGGCAGGCUAGCCAGUUAGAAUUCCGACAGAACCUGCUGCAGAUCGCACUCGAAUUUCAUGGAGUCGCCCAAGAGUUGUCGCAGCAGUUGGACGGCCUGCUGGGUAUGCUGUGCGUUGAUGUGGCCCCCACCGAUGGAGCAGCAAUUCAGCAAACAUUAAAACUGCUUGAAGAAAAACUCAAAAGCGUUGAUACUGGCCUUCAAGGGUUACGUGAGAAAGGACAAAAUCUCCUAGAUCAAAUAUCUAACCAGGCGUCUUGGGCUUAUGGAAAGGAUGUAGCAAGUGAAAACAAGGAUAAUGUCGAUCAUGUUCAAGGUGUAAUGGAGGACAUGCAGCUGAGGAAGCAAAGGUGUGAGGACAUGGUGGACGUCCGGAGGUUAAAAAUGCUGCAAAUGGUUCAACUGUUUAAGUGUGAAGAAGACGCAGCACAAGCAGUAGACUGGUUGAAUGAAUUACUUGAUGCCUUACUUAAGACACACAUCAGGCUGGGAGACGACAGUCAAGAGACCAAAAUUCUGAUGGAAAAACAUAGAAAAUUUGUAGAUGUUGCUCAGAGCACAUACGAUUAUGGCCGCCAGUUACUGCAAGCCACAGUUGUAUUAUGUCAGUCUCUGAGAUGUACGUCGAGGUCAUCAGGGGACACGCUUCCCAAACUAAACAGAGUAUGGAAACAGUUUACGAUAACCUCCGAAGAGAGAGUUCACAGGCUGGAAAUGGCUCUUGCUUUUCACUCAAACGCCGAAAAGAUUUUACAAGAAAGCCCAGACCUUCCUGAAUCCUUGUUGGAUUUUGAACAAUUUGAGGAGGUUGAAGGAGUUGGGAAAUCUCUGCUGGAUAGAUUAACCGUGCCUGUCAUUUAUCCCGACGGAACUGAGCAGUAUUUUGGAAGUCCAAGUGACAUGGCCUCCACAGCAGAACAUAUAAGGGAGAGAAUCAAGAUGCUUUGCCUAAAGAAACAGCAACUUCUACAGCCCGACGCCUCCAUAAGAGAGAGUUAAAAAGAGACUGGACUGUGAUCUACCCAAUAAGCUAAAGUUUGUAACGCAGCAUGUCGUCCUUAUCCACGAUUCCAUAUAAUCCGUGGGAAACGCCUUUUACAUCCAUCUCAUGAAACGGUUAUCUUCUCAAUCUAAAGCUCUGCGUAUUGUAACACUAUCAAUCUAUAAAGCCUUACUUAUAUACUGUGCCGUGAAUCAUCCCGUGUCUGAACAGCGUAGUGUUCGCUCAACACUACCUUAGCCCUACAGCUACCAAACGGGCCCCAAACGCGUGGCAGGAUAAUGCGUCUUGUGGCCGUUUGACAGCGGAUGGGUUAAAAGCUUUACCUUAUUAUGGGAGUCAAAUAGACGAGCAUUUGGCAAACGCUUCAAUUGGUGCUACCUGAAAUGAAGGAUCUCUCCGUGGCAAAUACAGAAAGGGGAAGACUGAUUUGUAAAGUGCUGUGCCUAAUCGGAUAAUGUAGUAUUUUUAGAAUGUGGGUAAAUUACCUGUUGUUUUUAGGCUGUAGCGUACUUCUUCUCUUGUCUUACUAUCGGGAAACAUUUCAUUUUUUUUUUAUUGUGCCAUUAUGCAACCCGCCCAUGAAAACUUUGAUAUAUCAUACCUGAAACAAAUGUUUUCUUACCUGUAUGGGACUAUGUAUUUAAAGCUGUUUGUGCCGAAUGAAUAAAACCAUCUUUAUAAGAUUGGA